GACACAUCCAUUGAAGCACAGUUCUUUGUGGAAAUAAAACUCAAGGGAUACAUUUGUUUCAGCAUACACUUCCAGUAGGACCAAAGUGAAAAAUGAGAUGAGAAGGCCAGCUGCAGGAGCAGGCUUCAUGAGCAGAGCAGGGAUGCUGAGUGAUGACAGGGAGGCUCUCUAUGUGCAAGGGAAGCAGUUCCAGCAGCAGGGGGAGCCGGAGGCUGCUCUCAAAUGCUUCCUGACUUGUCUGCAAGGCCUGACACAUGUGCACAGCUUUCAGUCUCUGCCUGACUGUCUUCACCAGUAUGCCUGACAGCUCCUCCUGAAGUAAUGCAGCAGGGCACAGGAGGAUGGCUCUCCGAAGAGGAUGUGUCAGAGCAGGCCUGUCAAGCCGGGGACUAUGAGAAGCUAGCUCAAGUUUGCAUCAUGAGUAAAAGACCUCAUCUUGCUUUAGAAUACAGUGGAAAGGCAACUAAAAUUCGACAGAAGGCUUUUGGCAAUGACCAUCCCAUUACUGCAAGGAGUCUGGAGCUCCUGGCCUCUGUCUAUGCAGAAAUAGGAAAGACAGAAUAUUCGGAUACAAUAGGACAGUACACCUCUGCGCUGUCGAAGACUUUCUCACCUGCCGACUCAUUCAGUGAAGUUUUAAAUGGGGUGCCUUUAGCAAAGACAGAGGUCUGCCCAGACGGGAGGAGACUGCAUAAGAAGGAUCUGCUGCUUUCCCCAACAAACAGUAAAGAGAAGCAGGUCACAACAUGUAAGUGUCUUACCUCUAUACUGCGGAAGAGGUCAAGCUUCAGCUGCUCUGAGAACAAGUUCACGCACAGAAAGAAGUCAGACCGAAGAGUCCGGUUCAGGGAGCCUGAGGUCAUUGUACAUGACAUUCCUUACUAUGAUUGUUUACUAGCUUAUGACCAAUCGACCAAUAGAACGCACUUUGCCCUGCUGGCUUGCAUCUUCGUUUUACUGUCUGUGCUGGGAGUCUUACUGUACUGCACUGACAAGAGGAGACAUUUGAAAGUGUGCGAAGAAUUGGAGUCAAUGUUAAUUGUCUCUUUUCUUCAGAUGAAGCAAAUCCUCUGGAGUUGUUGGAUGUGGCUCACAAGGCAAUGACAGCAAGAGCGUGAAAAAAUGAAAUGUGAGACUUUCCACGCUGCUUGUCUCUGGCUUUUCAAAUAAAGCCAGGCUUCAGGAAGGAAACAACUUAAUUUAUGUUUCAGGACAUUUUGAAAUUCUUCUGCUGUUUCAGAAAUCUGGUCAAAAAAAAAGCAUUUCUUAAUUUUCACUAGUAUAAUACACAGUGUAAAUGGUACUAGAAUCAUAAUGUGGUAACCAUGGCAAUGUAAAUAUUUUUGGUGAUUUAUUAUGUUUGUUUUUCCAGUGAGAAAGGCAUCCAAACUUGUUUUCUAGCAUUCAGUUAUUGAUUGUCUUUAUCAGCUGAGCAGAAGGACCUCAUGGUCAGUGGGUGCAGACUGCAGUAGAGAAGGCUUUAGGUAGAAGGCUCAUCUUCAGUAUUUGCUCACCAACCAAUUUGAAGAAGGUGUGAACCUGGUGUGAGAUCAUAGAGUGAGCACCUGAUUGCUGAUUCUAUUCAAAUCCAUAAAUCUUACCUGUUAUAGACUUCCAUGCACUAAAUAUCUGUUAUCAGUCAGUCUCAAGAGGUGUGGUUUUUAAAGAAACAGUUUUGUUUUAUUUUAAGACAUCUAGUGCUACACUAGGUUAAUGAAAUCUCUGUGUUACUUGUGUCGUUGUGCAUACCUCCUUGGUCAUUUGAUCUGGAGAGUGAAAUUGUCUCUACUACUUCAAUGCCUUCUUUCCAGUCAUUAACCAACCAGUUUCUUCUGCUUUGCAGCCAGUAACAUGCUUUGACACUGAGUUAAGGUGAUAUAACAUAGGAGGUGAAGCCGAAACAAGUUUUGCAUCACCUAGAAUUUUAGGAUUGAGACAUAACUUAAGUUAUUGAACUGUCACAAAGACGGCUGUAGUGGGUGACGACAGACCAGAAACAGGAAAUAAACAACAGAGACUUGGGGUUUUGGUGAAGCUGAGCCUGUGAUCGCGCUCAGCAUUUAAUAAUUAACAGACAGAACAGAAAAUAAAAAGGUUGUAACACAAAACAGGACACGGCACUUACGCCAAAAUAAAGAGACAAACAAAACGGACUAUACAGACAAACACGGUGAGUUUAAACAACUAUACUUUCCUUCUCUCCACACCCGUUCUCCACUCACCGAACACACCCAACCCCGAGUGAGUGAAAACAUGCUGCUUUUAUGCAGUUGUACCGAGACUCGAUUGCUAGUCAAUCAUUCAAUUGGAAUCUCGAUACAACUGUACGUGAAUUAAUUGUGUACUCCCGUGACCACACAUUACAUUUUAACCAGCACGUGAAGUGAUUUGCGCCAUCCUCGUGCCUAAAUACAAAUCUACAAUUUAAAUAGUCGUGCUGCACACACCCAUUUAUAUCCCAUGUACCGAUGACUAUACACCAACAUUAACACACCACAUGUAACAUAUAAACAAAUUACGCACAAGGGCGUGGCCACAUUGCUACAGAACAUAAUAAUCUGUUAUUUAAAAUCAUGUACUCAAAGAAACUACAAAACUGUAUCGCAAAAGUCUACCGGAAGCCAUAAUAGUAGUACAGUAUUUCAUGUUACAUUUUGAAAUGUCACUGUGGCGGGGUGCCUCUACCCUGUGAGUUAUUUUAUGUUUUAUGUGGUGUUUUAUUGUUGGUGUGUAUGUAUUGGUGCAUGGGAUAUAAUGGGGCUGUGUAGUACGAGUGAUUUCAAAUAUAUAGCUGUAUUUAGGCACAGGGAUUGCGCAAUCACUUCACCUGCAGAUAAAGUAUGUAAUAGUAUGUGAGCACGGGGAGUGCAAAUUAGUUCACGUGCUUAGUAAUUGAAUCCCAGCACAGCUGUAUAUAUAGAGCCAGUUUUCACACACAUGGGGUUGGGUGUUCGUGAGUGGAGAACGAGAGUGAGACAGAGGAGGUAAAAUCUAAAAUAGAAAUAAACAAUUGCGUGCUUGAAGACCAGCACGAUACUUGUUUGUUUAGUGUUCGUCCACCUUUUGUUUGUCUAUUUGUUUUGGCCCUUGUGCCCUUUUGUUUUGUGUUUUGUUAAAAGUCUGUUUAUUUGUUUCACUGUCCGUUUAUUCUUUAAUAAAUUCUGAGCGCAGCCAUUGCGACUCGGCUUCACCUCAUAUUCACUCUGCAUGUUUCUGUUCCGGGUCUGACGUCACCACUACAGCCAUCCUUGUGGCAGUCACAUUUUUUCAUUGUUUUUCAUUAAGAAUAUGGAAAACUACAAAGCAAUAUGUAAUUCAAUAUGUUAACGUAACGUUAUUCAGCAGGUUUCCAUUGAUUUUAUGAAGCAAAAUUAGUUCAUUCUAUAGGGUGAUGCAAAACUUUUGACCAUAGCUGUAGUACCUGUUAUAAAAAAAAAUGUAUUUACUAUAACAUGUGUUUCUUUCAAAACUGCACCUAUAGUGACUGGUAAGAUUUGUGGAAUUAUGUUUGUAAGACACUACCACCAAAUUGUAUAAGCUUGAGAGGCUUUUACACUAUUAAACAACCAAAUGUAAUUGUUUUAUUUGUCUUUGUAUACUAUAAACAAAUAAUGGAUUUGCAUCUGCAUAAAAUUAUGAUUUAGAAUGAAAAAUGUCAGAAAAUAAGAUCUAGUCUGCUUCUGAGUUUCAGAUUCUGUUGAAAUGC